AUAAAACCAAGUAUAAAAAAUGUUUUAGUCUUGUCGAGGCAAAAGCAAUAUAGGAUGCAAAACCAUGGAAAAAUACUGUGUACCAUCACAAUUAAAAAUAAUGUUUAUUGUUCCCAACGAAUUUCUUCUAGUCGGAGUUUUCCAUAAUUCGAGUAGCGGAGUUAACGAAGUAACCAAUCCAUCUAAUAAUUCGAUAAAUAAUAUCAACGAAGAAAAAACAAAAAUUGGACGUUUUCUUGGCAAUAUCAGUUUGGGGGUGUCUGAAGUAAAUAAUUUUACUUUUGUGGAACAAUGUAAAAAAGCGUUUUUAAAAUCCUCUCUAGCAGAAAGAAAACAAAUUUCUUCCCAAGUUUGCAAAAAAUUGCUAGAAUGGUCGAAUCCCAACUUAGACAUUGUGCACGCUUAUCUGAAACUAUGCAACAAGAAUUUCAUACCACUUAAUUAUCGAUUAUUUCUGGCCUCAUUACAUUUGGAUCCGCAUGUGGAAACUUACAAAUUGCUAUUUGAAAAUGUUUGUGAACAUGGCAGUUUAGAAGAAGCCCUAACGCUGUUGGAACUAAUGAAAACAAAGCAAGUCCCCAUUGUCGAGGACAUAUUUAAUAACUUAGUUUUAGUCCACACAAUUAGUGGGGGUAUACCUAUGGCGGAAUCAGUUUUGGUUACAAUGAGGGCAGCUCAUAUAUCCGAAACCAAUGCGACCAUAUUAGCCAUUUACAGAGGACUUUUGAAAAGAUGUAGCUAUGCAGAUUUUAAAACCGCAGUGUUAAAAUAUCCAGUGAGAUUGAAGGUGGAAGAGUUUUUAUUGUUAGUUGAGUACUUGGCACUGUGUGACAAUGAUUCUCUAUUAACUGAGAUAGAACACUUGUAUAAGCACAUUGAUUUUACACGUGUCUUAGAAAAUGAACUAGAAGAUCUGUGCGUUCGUCUUAUUUAUAUGAAUCGACCUAGAUCUGCAAUGCUCAUAUAUAAGCGUUUUAUUUCUCAAAAAUCCACGGGGCAUUAUGGAGAGACCCUUUUGCAGGAAAUGUUAGUAUCCAACUCUAACGCAAGUGUGGUCAUCGCAUUAGCAAAAAAUUUGAGAGAAGAAAACUUAAACGACUUCGUGUUAGAGAACUUAACAGAAUUUUGUUUGAGGCGCGGUCUGGAAAAGCAAGCUUGGGCUUUGCUAGAAACCCUUAAUCUAAAGUGCCAUUAUUUUUGGCCUUUGUUAGUUAUGGCCGGCCAAAGUUCGGGCGAAAUCGGAGUGUUUUCCGUUUUGAAAAAAAUGAACAAUUUUAAGGUGAAACCGGAUUUGGAAACGUUCGAGGACUACGUUUUCCCUUUCUGUGACUUGGGUAACGUGGACUCCCUGAUCGCGACUCUAAAAACUGAAAAUAUUUCUGUGAGGGAAUUGCUCAGUCCCCUGAUGAUAUAUCUCCUUAAACGUAACCGGAUAAAGAAAGCUUCAUAUUUGUGUUCUAAGUAUGGCACCAGCAGUUUCGCCCUUGAAAUUCUUGAUCUCUUGCCCGUGGUUUGGAAUAAUGCGUCGGACGACGAAUCGGUGGCGAAUAUUCUGCAAAAGUAUUACGAGACAAACAGAGUCGAUAGCGAUAUCGUCGGGAAUUUUUUGGUUAGCUCGUUAAAAACCUGCAAAAGGACCGAGGAUUUCACAAAAUUCAGUCGACUUAUUAAAGUCAUGGCUUCUAAGCCGUGGAAAAUUAGCUUCGCUUCCGCCGACGAGGUGGUCCAACUUUUGCAGUGCGUGGACGAAAAAAUUCAGACGACCAUUCGAAAUGAUAUCAACACGUUAUUAGACAUUACCAUGAAUUGCAAUGAUCAACAUACUUCAAUUCCACAUCCUCGUAAUAUGGGAUUGCACGACUUGGAGUGUCACUUGGUCGAGUUACGGGAAAAAAACAUGGACACGCGGGGAGUGCUCAGAAAAUUAAUUCAUUUCCAUGCCAGGCAAGGCAACCUGAAGAGGAUGGCGGAAUUGAGACGGCAGUUUUUAGACGCCGGUUACGUCGAAUCCCCAGGUAUAAAAUCUUUAGUGAUGCAUAGUUUCGUACUGGCCGGGAACUUGGAAGAAGCCCUUACCCUUUACAACGAUAUUAAAGUCGCCCAUCCGGAUUUCGCUUUCGAUAGCUUCAAAUGUAUCGACAUGGCGCAGCUUUUGGUGGAACACGGGAGAUUCGACGAAGCCAUGGGCCUGUUGCAAAACGAAGUUGAAAAAUUUCAAAGAGUCGACUCCCGAGAGACGGUUCGAAAUUGUUUGCGACUGUUGAAUUCCUGCAAAGUGGAAAACGAACAGACCGCGAUGUUCGAUUUCCUGCUAAAAGCGAACCUCUGUAAAGGAACAAACGUAUUAUUGGGACCCCUUGUAAGGAUACAUUUAAAUAAGGGUAAUUUGGACAAAGCGGUUGAGAGGUAUGUAGAAUUGUCGACAAAAUAUAAAUGCACCCCAUUGCAAAGGGAACUUAUCUCGGCGCUCGCUCGAACGGAAAACUUUGAUUUGCUCGAAAAGGUUAUGUCAAUUACGGAGAAGGUGCAUGGUGGAGCAGCCGCCCACGUGGGUCUGAUCGCCGCGCUUGCAGAAAAUGGACAAAUGAAACCCUUGCGAAAAGCGUUGAUUGAAACAAGGACGGGCAUUAGACAUCUGCUCGAAAAACAGUGUGUAAGAUGGGUUCAAGAAAGACGAGUGGAACCUCUGUUGGCAUUAAGUAAAAUUCGGGACAGAUUUCCAGGUCAUGUUUUUAAUGUCGACUUUGUUUAUGGAUGUGUCAUCGAUGUAUAUGGUUUAAAUAAUGAUGGUCACGCAGCCUUGUCAUUUUUCGAAUCGAUAUCGGAGGAACACUUGGUGAAACCUAAUUUGCAAAGAAUGUUAGUUAGGACUUUGAAAAAAUGUAACUAUGAGAUACCCGAAAAUUUAAAAAUAAAAAAUCACAACUGA